AUGGUUAAAUCAUCUAAUUUGAUCAAGAUCAAAUUAGAUGAUAUGUAUUCUGUUCAAUUGAUCCAAUUGACUGAUGUAACAAGGCUAGAAUUGUUAUAUGUGAGUGGUUCUGGUGAACCAGUAGUUGUUUUCCAGUGGGAAUGUCAGAAUCGUUACAUUUCAAGGUCUCAAGUUGGAUUUGACGACAAGAAGAAGACGUUAAAGGUGUUAUGGAGUUUUGGAAGUUCUAUUAUAUGUGAUUCGAUUGAACUUCCUGACACCUGUAUUGAUUCAGUUGAAAUUGGGAAACGAUUGAAGUUCAAUACAGAGGUAGUGUUGGAAGUUGGCUUUAAUAUAUCUUAUUGCAAAGUUAUUUGGAUAUCUGGUAUAAUUCUAAUAUGCGAGAGUGAGACAGCAAUUUUACAUAUCUAUGAUUCUAUAAAUAAAAGAAAGGUUGGGAAUAUAUUGAUGUAUUCCGAUGAUGUUCACGAUACAGCGUUUUUGUAUGACGAACAGACAAGAUCAGCUAAUAUGAUUGUCAGGAAAUAUGAUGAUUUGACAAAGAAAACCAGAAUAUAUCUGAACUGUUAUUCAUUAACACCAUUCCAAUUAAUCCAUAGUUAUGAAUUACCAAGGGGGUACUCUAGGUAUUUUUUUAUUGAUCAAGACGUCAAUGCUGAUGACAUCACUGGUGCCACUAAGACGAGAUAUCCAGGUUUUGCAAUUUGCUCUACUUGUGAUAUAAUGUAUAGAACUGUGAUUCAAUGGAUACAGAUACCCACAAGUAAUCCAUGGAUUGAAAAGACAUUAAAUGAUUACAUUUGUGAAAGAGCAAUAUAUAAUAAAUUACAGGUACAAUUGAAGGUGUACAAACCCAGCGAAAAAAUGACUAAUGACUAUUCCAUUGCAACUUUUAACCCACUUUCAAUAGAUCAACAAUGGCACUUUUCCUAA